UGACGCACGUUAGUGUUCUGUGAUGACUGAUGACGCAAGGGCCAGCAUCGCCGCAUUGCAUCCCCGAUCAUAUUUAUGAGGAAUUAUUUGGAAGGGAACAACCCGUCCCACUUCGCCGCCUCAAGCAGUGACAUUUAGAGCGCGUUAAUUUUAACAUUACUCUUAUCUGUGGUCAUACAUUAUAAAUAUUAUUAGAAAUAUAUUUUUAAAUAUGUGAAUACUAAUAAUUUGUUUAUACAGAUGAUUAUUUAAAUUUUUUACUUUCAAGUUUCAAGGUUCACCUACGGGCUAUGAACAGAAGAUUAUACGUUAAUCGUUAUGACAUAAGAGUUCUAACUCAUAACCAUGAUAUUAUACCACGAUAAGUUAGAUUCCUAAAAAUAUAUUCAGAUUUUAGUUUAUAAUUAAUAAAAAAGAAGUAGGUAAUGGACUAGGACCAAUAAAAAGCUGCAGAAAUGAGUUUCACCAUUCCUCUUAUUCAAUUUGUUGCAUUUCUGGAUUUAUUUGCUGUUGGUAUGAUUGUACCAUUAAUACCUAAUCAUGUUCGACAAUUGGGUGGCAAUCAUAUAUAUAUUGGUCUUCUCGGAUCAAUAUAUUCUGGAUUUCAAUUAGGAUCAGGUCCACUCAUAGGAAGUUUGAGUGACAUGAAGGGCUGCCGAAAAAUAUUGAUUAUCACACUCUUACUUUGCUCAAUUUCUUAUAUUGCAAUGGGUUUAACAUCCUCCAUCAUAAUGAUUUUAAUAUUGAGAGCAAUAUUAGGUCUUUUGAAACAGACACAGUUAUUGACAAAAGCUUUGGUCCCGGAAUAUGAAAAUGAUGAAAAAGUACAAUCUGUAAUAUUUGGAAAAAUGGCUGCUAUUUCCGGGAUGGGUAUGACAUUAGGGCCAAUCACAGGUGGUCAUAUUGCCGAGGAUUAUCCUGAAAAUGGAUUUUUCUACAUAGGAAUGAUUGUUUGUUUGUGUUUUCUAUUGAAUGCUGGUUGCAUUUAUUUUCUACCACAAGGCAAGAUUCAGACGAUGAAAAAGACUGAAAAGAAGAAUCCCAAUCAAAACUUUUUACAAGUUAUUUAUUCAAGCAGUCAACAAUCAGUUCAAGAGCUAUCAAAAGUUAAAUGGUCACAAUACUGGGACUUGUUUAUGUUUAAGGCUCUUUUGGGUUUUGCUAUGGGAGUUUAUUAUUCAAAUUACGCAUUAUAUUUGAAAACUCAAUACGACUUGUCACCAAAGCACACUGGUUAUGUAAUAUCUUUUCAAGGUAUAAUAGGUGCAAUGUCAAGUUUAUGUAUGGGAAUUAUUAAUAAACAAUAUCCAUAUGAUAAAGACUUCAGUGUUAGGAAUUAUCAUGUUUUCCUACUUCUUAGUAUAUCAGUAGCUGGACUUUGUUUAUCUCACAACAUAUGGGUUUAUAGUUUGUGGUUGGUACCACUUUCCAUAGGUAAUGCAGUGGGUCGUCUUGUGACUCUGGAAAUGAUUCUAAGAAAAGGUGAUAAGGAACAUAAGGGUACAUUAAUCGGGGCUUCCAACAGUGUUGCAUCUUUGUCGGGAGUGCUUUCGCCCAUGGCAGCUGGUCUUAUUGGUGAAUUUUUUGGUAUUCAAUUUGUUAUAUAUGCUUCACUUUUCUCAAAUGUUUUAGCUUUAAUAUUAAGCUAUCGCUAUAAAACUAGACAUUCCAAAACUGACUAAGUAAAACACUCAUUUUUAUAUUUGUUAAUUUUGUACAAAUUAAAUGAAAUAAAAGGAUUUGUUAAUA